CUUCUCGUUUUCCCCAACCAAGCCGACUAUAUCGGCGUAAUAUUUAGAAUUAAAUUGUUCAAUAAUUGGGAAAGGGAAAAAGUUACAUAAAAAUAUCAUCUUUAAACCUGUUCUUAGUUUCUCUAGUCCACUCACUUACAGAUAGAUCUACAAAAGCGUCUUAGCCUAUCCGAAUUUCUUCAUUUUCAGUUGCAGAAGAGUUUGCGCUGAAUUUCUAAGUGAUUUUAGGAUUUGAAUGGAAUACUCAAAUGCCCUAGUUAAAUUUCAUCACAAAUACCUAUGCAGCAGUGUUGGAGGAUCCUAGGGUUUUGUCCUUAGACUACCUGAAGGCUAUUUGUGAACUAUUAUGUUAUGGUAGAAGGAAUAUCAUUGCCAACAUUCCAGACUUGAUAUUAGGGUUUUGGGGAUAGGGUGGAGGAUUAACAUUUACGAGAAAAAAGAUGCCUCGGACGAUUUCAAGGUCUCCGUCAUAUAAGAGAAGGCGGUCACCAUCGCCUGUUAGUCACAGGCAGAGCAGGAGAAGUAGGAGGGACAGAAGUCCUUCUCCUUAUUCACGAUCUCAUCACAGGCGCAGAAGUCCUUCACCUUCUCACAGAAGGCAUAAAAGUCGUUCACCAUCUGAAAGGCGACACAAGAGAAAUAAGAGUAGGAGCCCUUCAAGGUCUCCUAUCCGCAGGUCUAAAAGUCCAAGCAUUGGAUUAUCUGAGCGCAAGCGAACUACUGAUAAGCUCCGGGAGGAAGAAGAAGAGAAGAAAAGACGUCAACGUGAGGCAGAGUUGAAGCUUUUGGAAGAAGAAACAGCUAGAAGGGUUGAAGAGGCAAUUCGUAAGAGAGUUGAAGAAGCUCUAAACUCAGAUGAAGUAAAAUUAGAAAUACAGAGACGAAUAGAAGAAGGCAGGAAGAAAAUGGUGCAGGAUGUUGCUGUCCAACUUGAAAAGGAAAAGGAAGAAGCUUUAAGUGAAGCAAGAAGGAAGGAAGAGCAAGCACGUAAAGAAAGAGAAGAACUAGACAGAAUGCUAGAAGAGAAUAGGCGUAAAGUCGAAGAGGCACAAAGAAGAGAAGCUCUUGAACAGCAGCGGAAAGAAGAGGAACGCUAUCGUGAAUUAGAGGCUCUUCAACGGCAGAAAGAGGAGGCCUUGAGGCGUAAAAAGCUGGAAGAAGAAGAAGAACGUGCAAAACAGAUGAAAUUGCUAGGAAAGAAUAAUUCUCGUCCAAAACUUUCUAUCUCUUUUGGUUCAAAGUAAUUGGGCUUGUUAUCAUUUUAGAUUCACAUUUCAUCAUGCAAUUGUAAUCCUGCAUGUUGGAACAAUCUUUUAAAAGUAUCAUUCAGUUCUCAGAUUUGAAUUGUUAAGCUACUUGUCUGUAUUUCUGACAUGUGAAAAGAUGCAACGUCACUUGUCCCUGAAAUUUAUGUCUAGUAGGACAAGCUUAGUCUCCUCAACAGCUGGAAUUGUUUGGUGCAUGGUAUCACUCGGUUUAACUUUUGGAUAUUAAUGUAUAAUUAUGUAAAUGAUGUCCAAGGAGACAACAUCUGUUAAUCCUUUUAGAAAUAUGGUGUUCUGUUGUGGAAAGGGUUUCCAAUUAUUAACUUCUUCAAUCUAACUGUAUGAUUAGAAUA